CGAUUACUUGAUUAAAAUUUUACUACUUUUUGUCGAUAAUAACCGUAACCGAUUAAACCUAAAUUAAUUUUAAUUUAUCUACUAUUUGACACAGGUUGUUAUGGCGAUAUUGGUGGCUGCGGCCCUAGCUUACCCAUCAGCCCCAUCAGGUAGCUCCGGCGGUCACGGAAGUCACGGUCAUGAAAGCCCCGGCCACGGCCACGGAGGACACGGAUCCGGCCAUGACAACCACGGUCAUGGGAGCAUUGGGGCGUACGGGCACCAUAGCGACGGUCAUGGAGAUCAUGGCCCCUCUAUCAACAAAGGUCAUAAAAACUUUGAAGGUGGCCACGGAGGUGACAGCAGCCUCGGUGGAAAAUCUGACCAUUAAGAUGGUGUGGAAAAUCUGACCAUUAAGAUGGUGUGGAAAAUCUGACCAUUAAGAUGGUGGGUGUGGACAUCUUAUUUCAAGUUUAUAUCAUAAAGAUAAUGAGAUGUAUACUUUAAGUUAAACUGGUAAUAAAAUGUAAGUUCUGAAAAA